AUGAAACCUGAGAACAACAAACUGAUGAUUGGUCAAGAUCCACGGCCAAUCAGUUCUGAAGAUUACGUCAAGAAAUUUGAGACAAGGAUGACACCAAACCAUCUUUUCCAACUCAUCUCUGAAAUCAAUAAACCAACAGAUCUUACAAAAGAGCCAGAUGCGGUAGAUUAUCGCCAACUACAAAGGCAGGCUAUCAGAGAUAUGGGAUUUGGCGCCUUGCUGGAUCUCAAAAUCAAAAAUAUUCCAACAGCCUUGUGUAAUUUUCUGGCAAGCAAUUUCCAGACCGGUGCAAGACAAGUCCCAUUGAAUGGGAACAAUGGAAGCAAUUUCACAGAUGUCCAGACACUUGAACGUCUCAAGAAACCGUCCUCAGCAGCAUCCCGAGAUGAACAACCAGAGGCUGAAUCACAGAAGGAGGAUACACAGGGAAACCCCAACACACAGCAAGUCUAUGACCUUGCCGCUCUUCAUGAAAAAUUCUACCAAUUAAUUAUCACGAUGAGCAAAACUGUUUUAGACAUUCGUGAGAAGGAAAUGGAGUUAAGAAUCAAACCAGAUGAACAAGCACAGCAAACAAUCAAGAUCCUAACAGAUGCAAUGGUGUCGAUGAGUAGAAAGAUGCCUCCGCCUUCAGGUACAACGCAACUGGAACAAGAGCAACAGCAACACCAGCAAGACCUCCAGGAUGCACAGAUUUGUGAAUUGUGCGAGAUGGCAUGGAACUCUCAAGACAUUGAAAUUGACAAAGCACAGGGACUGGAGCAAUUGAGCCAGACAAAUGAUGAGGCUUCUGUUGCAGUGGGAAAAUCUGUGCCUACUUCAAAAGAAGUGGUGGUUGAUGAACCACAAACUCAACUACAAGGGGCACAGGGACUGGAUCAAUUGAGCCAGACAAAUGAUGAGAAUUCUCUUCCAGUGGGGAAAUCCGUGCCUACUUCAAAAGAAGUGCUGGUUGAUGAACAAAAAAUUCAACCACAAGAACAUGCAACGAAUAUCUCCACGACAGAAAAGAAGAGAUCCCAUCAAGAUUCCACCGGCCGGGAUUCAGCUGUGACAUCCACCUAUACCAAAAGGUCGAGAAGCACUGGUACCAGGAAAAGGAAAGCAUUGAAAGACGCAACUAUCCCAAGCUUUAACCUGGGUAUCUUCUCCAGUCAGGAAGACAGUUACGAGACAACCCAGGAGAAGAACACUCAGGAAGAUGUCACAGUAAGGGUUGAUUUGGAUAAAGAUGUGAAUGAGACUAUAGAAGCAGAAGAAUAUCCAGUACCAUCUGCUCUCGAUGAAACAAAGAAUCCCAUUCCUUCCAUCGAUGAAAUUAUAACAAGGGCCAGUGCACCAGCUUCAGAAUCGUCGAACAGGACAACAUUCUAUUCCAUGAGGGAAGGCACAUGGAUAGAAAACAGUAUCAUAGAUGCUUGGGCUGUCAUCCUAAACAAAGAAGAAGCUAAAAGUGACUCCCCAAGUCGGAUAUUCUUUGGUGUUUCCGUAUUUGAUACAAUCAGUCGAUACAACCAACCUGGCAGUAACAAAGAAGAACUAGAGUUUACAUUCUAUGAAAGGUUGGCUCUUGAACUAGAAGAACAAGGACUCAUUGUAGGAUCCCUGAUAGUGGCAAAAGCUAUCUACUUCCCAGUACACUACCGAGAGCAUUACUUCUUGUAUGUGUUGCUGGUUCAAGAAAAGAAAGUGCUUGCAUUCAACAAUCUUCAUGCAAAAGAUCUGGACUACUACAAGCCAACAAAAGAUCUACUUUUUCGGUUCUUCCAAAGCUACGUUGCAUGUGUGUUUCCACGCAUAGAACUGGUCAGUGCUCAGUACACCUUCACAGAGGUUACGCUACCAUCGCACAACGUCAAAAAGCCGAAUGCCAAAGAUUGUGGAAUAUUCACAAUGCACCACAUGGAGAAGUAUGAUGGUGGUGACUACGACGACGGUACAACUUUGGAUUUCCACACAGGAAACAUCAAAGAGUACCUGUGGAGAUACAUGUUAAAAAUUCUUAUGCACCCAUCCAACAAAAAUAAGAACAAAAUCCUCGAAGCAAUGCACCAGUUCUACACAAAUACUGCUGAAGAAGAACCAAAAGAAAUUCCAGAUCAUGUUGAUUUGAGCAGCAAAUCUUACUACAAUGACAGAAAAAUUCAGGGAUGGGUUGAAUGA